CAAUAUGACAGAGGACUUCCUAAGAGAGAAGUUCUCCCGAUAUGGGAAGAUCAAUUCUGCUGUCAUUAUGAGGGAUGAAGAAGGAAAUUCAAGAGGCUUUGGCUUUGUCAAUUUUGAUUCGGAUGAAGAUGCUAGGAAGGCAAUUGAGGCUCUUAAUGGUGAAUUAAUAGGAUCAAAGAAGCUGUUUGUUGGAAGGGCACAGAAGAGGGCUGAAAGGGAAAGACUCUUGAGAAUCAAUCGGGACCUGCGCACGUUUUCAAUGAGGGAUGUUUGCUAA